GGCGCGCAGAAGUUCAACCAGGGCCUCUUCGACCGCAUCGUCGCCGGCAAGGGCACCCCGCACCGGCCCCAGAUGCCCGACGUCUACGUCUUCGCGCUGCUGGACGAGGACGCCAAGAGCGUCGACCCCGGCAACUUCGAGCGCCACUGGGGCGUCUUCAACUACGACGGCUCGCCCAAGUACGCGCUCCGCCUCGCCGGCGGCAAGGGCAUCGUGCCGGCCAAGGGCGGCAGGUACCUGUCCAAGCAGUGGUGCGUGCUCCGCCCCGACGCCAGCCCCACCGACCCGGCCAUCGUGGGCGCCGUGGGGUACGCGUGCCAGUAUGCCGACUGCACCAGCCUCAGCCCCGGCUCCUCCUGCGGCGGCCUCGACAUCAGGGGCAACGUCUCCUACGCCUUC